AAAAAUGUCUACAGAAAUUCCAAAACAAUCGAGUUUAGAAUCCUCCAAAAUAUCUUCAGAUGGAUCCCCUCCCAGAGAAGAAAAUUUUAUUGAAUCGUUAAACUCACAAGUGGACAGAAGCAAUAUAGAAGAAAUAAUUAAAACACAAAAACGAUCGUUGGAACGUUUCGAAAAAACAAAUGAAAUGUUGGGGAAUUGUUGUAUUUUGGCAGAAAAGCGAUUGGAAAAAGCCAAAAAAGAAUUUGCUUCAAAUAAAGAACAAAUAUUGCAAGCAAAACAAGAUUUGGAUUUUAUUUUUAGAAAAAUAUUUAAUUUGAAAAAAAUUUUGGCUAAAGAAUAUCCAAAGGAAUAUGAAGAAGAAGUUGGACGAGGAAAGGAAUAAAAAGAGAGUGGAGGAGAAUUGGAGCGCUGCCGUAAUACUAGCCGCCGUAAUAUUAAAGGUUUCUUCUAGAGAUCGGGCGGGUCUGGACUAAGGCCCGGGUUUUUCCUGUACCCAGAGUUCAACAAUUUUUUGACCUUCCUGGGAUUUUCCUUGACUACAGGCCCAGGAUCCGGCCGAGGUCAAUAAAUCAAACCAAGAGGCAUGCCCAAGCUUUUCAAAAAUCUCGAUCUCUAGUUUCUACAAAAGGAAAGUUCCAUUAUUUUUGCUGAUGUUGUUUGUUCUUGUUCCAUCAAUCUCCAUCAAAGAUUGCUCUCUCAACGUGGAAGGUUGUUAAUAAUCAACAUUUUGGUAUUUCGGCGUGUUUGGUAUUACGGCAUUCUACUCAGAGAAAUUUGUUUUUUCUGUUGGUACAAUUUCUGCGGUUUUGUGGGACAUUGAAAGACAAAAGGAUAGAAGGACUGAAACUGUCAGAUAUAGAAUGCAACAAACAGCCCAGCAAUACCA